AUGUUCUCCUCCACUCAGCCAUACAUCCACUCAGGUACCGUUGAGCGCCGAGGACGUUGCUCAGACGAGCUCGACCAGGGUGCUGGAGUAAAAAUCUGCCACCAGAGACGCAAUAUUUUAGUGGUCUCCAGCGCUAAGCUGCCCACCAGGCGACAGGCGAUCAGAUUAAACACCCGCGCGGAUGAGCAGGCGACAUCAAUUGGCGCCAAGACCAAAGCGAGUCAUCUCGACUGUUUUGCAACAGCCCGGUCUACUGAAAGCGCUUCGACGAGGGAGCUGGUUUUGGUAACGGACCAUCUAAGGGGCUCCGACGGGCGGCCUGGCUUCAGGACCAUGGAAGUCUUGAAGUGCUACGUUAGAAGCGUCGAGUCUCAUCUGGAGGUGCUGUACCCUUUCCUCAAUGCCUUCGUCAGUGGGAAGGACGAUCGUUUCACCCUUUGCUCUAGAGUUGUUGGGGAAGGAGAGGCUUCGCAGGCUUCAUCGCACCUCUGA